AUGCAACGGUUCAGCUUCGCAGCGGCACACCCCGGUAUUGAACGAUCAGAUUUGUCAGGGCCAAGUGCAAGCGCUACUCUCUUCAUCGCUGUGCGUUUUCGCGGCGGGGUGGAUCGCUCGCGGACUGGUGAAUCGGACCUGUGCACUGCUACGAUUCACUGGGCCGCUUUGUGUGCCUCAGAAACGGCCUCGUGGAGCGGAUCGGGGUCGUUCGAUCCCUGCUUCCGUCGCAGUUUGGGAACUGGUGGGAGUUGGAGAUCUCCUUCCUGGCCCGCCAGGACACUCCGAGCCAGCUGGUGCUCUUGCUGCCUCUCAGCGGCGAGGGCCCGGCUGCCGGGUCUUGGGAGCCAUGGGCAGGUGUGCAGAAAGAGCCUGCCAGCAUCGUUCGUGGUGCCAUGGUUGGCCCCAGCGAUGGCGUUAGGGACCGGCCAAGAAGGUUCCCGCACCCGGGCCACGGGCAUGAGUGGAG